AUGACAAAUUCUCACGAAAUCAAUACAGAAGAACUGAGAAUAAGGAAGAGAAUCCAAAAGGGCAAUAAUAUUUGUAUCAUGAUUUUAGGAUCAAAAGGAUCUGGUAAAUCGACGUUUUUGAACAACUUAUGCAGUACAAAUAUCUUUCCUACUUCGCAAGUUAAAGAAUGCUACCAAGAUCCAGCCUAUGCACAUAUCAGCCCAAAAUUAUUAGAAAUAAAGGAGAAAGUAUGUAUUGAGGAAGGAAAUGGUUCAAAGAUUAAUUUAGAUAUAUUAUUAUUUCAAGGUGCUGGAGACAAUCUUGACAACACCAAAUCACCGGGGAUAAUUAGAAAUUAUUUAAUGGAUCAAUUUGAUACUAUAUUAAAUGAAGAAAAGCAAGUAUCAAGAAAACCUAAAGUAAUCGACUCUCGGCCACAUGUUUGUAUAUAUUUUCUUAAGCCUAAUUCUAGAGGUUUAAGGGAAUAUGAUAUAAAGAUGAUGAAGGCCAUCGAAGAUUUCGUGAAUAUUAUACCUGUAAUAACUAAAAUCGAUACUUUGACAAGAGAAGAACUAAUCUACAAUAAAAGACUAGUAAUGGAAACCAUAAAUCAUUAUCAAAUACAAAUUUUUGAUUUUAAAGAUGAUUUGCUUAUGGAUAAUAUACUGGCAACAAAUGCAAAUAAACUAACUAGCCUCACCAAAGAUAUAAAUAACAACUUAAGAAUUUCUGAAAUGUUACCAUUUGGAAUAAUAUGCAGUAAUGAGAGUAUUACAGAAGAAAAUGGAGCUCCUCGUUAUAUUAGAAAUUUUGACUGGGGUAGCGUAGCAAUUGAUGACGUUCAUUAUUCUGACUUUUUAUAUCUAAAAAGCAUAAUAUUUGGUUCGCAUUUUCAAGAUUUCAAGGAUAUUACAGAAAAUGUCUUAUAUGAAAAUUAUAGGACAAAAAAGUUAAGUAAUAGAGAUGAAGUUAAUAAAUUAUCAGUUUACGACGAUUAUGGCAACGGCGGAAAGUCUUCAAUGAUUUAUAAGAGAGAAAAUGAGCUCAAGCAAUCAGUAAUGGACCCCAUUGAUGCUGAGCUAGAAGAAAAAAAUAAAUUAAUUGAAGCAUAUAAAAGAAAAAUAAAUGAAUUACAAAUGGUUAUCACAUCUAAAAGUUAUCAGAUGGCAUCAGAUCCAAAUUGA